GCGAAUGAACAUUAUAGGCUGCCAAAUCUAACUUCAGCCGAGGCACAUUUCUUCGCGGUGUCCUUUGACUAAUGGUCGCGAGGCUGAAUUUGACGAAUCGGCCUAGACAGCUCCAUGCAAAGAGCAGUUUUCCCCAACUGCACGCCUUUGUCAACGUUACGACCUUAAUUUGUAAUGAACUGCUAGUAUAAUCGUGUUGUCGUCGAAACACCAUCAUUUAACAAAAAAUGCCUGUAUUCCACACGAAGACAAUCGAGAGUAUUCUCGAGCCAGUGGCACAGCAGGUAUCUCGACUCGUGAUUCUUCAUGAAGAAGCUGAAGAUGGAAAUGCUAUGCCGGAUCUUACACGACCGGUUAGUCUCGUGUCGAGAGCCGUAGACAAUCUCAUAAAGGUCGGCUAUGACACUUGCGACUCGUCGGACGAUCGUAUCCUGCAACAGGACAUGCCGCCGGCUCUGCAAAGAGUCGAGAACAGCUCUCGUCUGCUCGAGGAUGCGUGUCAUAUGCUCAAGGGUGAUCCAUAUUCCGUGCCAGCCAGAAAGAAGCUCAUCGAUGGCGCUAGAGGUAUCCUUCAAGGAACCAGUGCUCUCCUUCUCUGCUUCGAUGAAUCAGAGGUUCGCAAGAUCAUUCGUGGUUGCCGCAAAGUGCUUGACUACCUGGCUGUCGCAGAGGUGAUCGAAAGCAUUGAUGAUUUGGCACAGUUUGUCAAGGAUAUCACACCGUGGUUGUCGCGUGUCUCAUCCGAUGUGUCAAAUCGGCAGGCAGAGUUGACCCAUCAAGUUCAUAGGGAUAUAUUAUGCAGAUGUCUGGAUCAAAUCCGGACACUUUCACCGAUUUUGAUAUGCGCUAUGAAGAUUUUCAUACAAAUCGGUCAAGAUCAGCAACGUGGUCAAGCAGAAGCCGCUGAGAAUAGGAACUAUCUCGCGCAACGAAUGACCGACGAAAUGCACGAGAUCAUCCGAGUGCUUCAAUUGACGACUUAUGACGAGGAUGAAUGGGAUGCUGACAACGUCACCGUCAUGAGAAAGGCACUCUCAGCUGCCAAGUCAUUGCUGACAGCGGCAUUAGAUUGGCUCGGUGACCCACGUGCUCGUCCUGGAGCUGUGGGAGAGAAGGCUAUCCGUCGCAUCCUUGACUAUGCUGAUCGUAUUGCUUCCCGUGCUCUUCCUGAAGACAGCUACGCUAUCAAACGAUCUAUAUCGGAGAUUCAAUCGUUAACAGAUGCCAUCUGUGAACUUAGGAACCAGGGUCGAUACGACAACGAAGGCUUGGCUGCCAGCUGUGCCCAAAAAUUGAAGGAGCUUGUUGGAACAAAGAACAGUGCCGGAAUACUUCCGGAUGCUCUGAUGAACGCACAUCGCAUGGGUGGAGCUAACCCAGCACAUACCGCCGCUGGACGUCUUGAACAAGCACUCAGAUGGCUAGACAAUCCUGGUGUCGACGAUGGUGGUCUUGGUCUUCGUGCCAUGAAACUGAUGACGGAAGACGCCCGAAGGCUUGCCGAUAGGCUCAAUCCACAAGACAGAAAUCACCUUCUUGGCCUAUGCUCUGACAUCGACCGGUUGGCAAAUCAACUUGCUGAUUUGGAACGACGUGGUCUUGGCAAUACUCCUGAGGCAAAUGCCAUUCGUCAACAACUCAAGGAUAAACUUCGAGAUCUGGCUGACUUUAUGAGGAAGAUCCUUACUGACCGAGUGGUUGAAGACUUCGCCGACAUCACCACACCAUUGAAGCAGUUUGUUGAAGCAGUUCAUGCUGAGCCUAAUGCACCAAACAGGGAAGGCAACUUCGCAGAUAAGUCUGAUCGACUGCGACAGCAUGCUGGUAAUAUGACAUCUACAGCACGUUUGGUUGCAACAUGUGGCCCAUGCAAGAGCAAAAACACCAUCGAAGCCAUCGUUGACACUGCAGAGAAGGUCGAUCAAAUGACUCCACAACUAGUCAAUGCAGGAAAGAUCCGCUUACAUAAUCAAACCGAUUCUGCUGAACAGCACUUUGAAAAUCUUCACAGGCAAUAUGCUGAUGCUUUGCAUCGUUUACGAUCCCAUGUGGAUGACGCUAUUGACACGCAUGAGUUCGUUCGUGCCAGUGAAAACGCAAUGCGUCGUUACACAAACCGAUGUGAAGAUGCUAUUGCCGACAAUUAUCCACAGGGUAUGGUUGACAAUACUUCUCAGAUUGCUCGUCUCGGCAACCGUGUUCUCAUGGCAGCUCAAAAUGAAGCUGAAAACUCCGAGGAGCCAGCAUAUUGCGAUCGAGUAAACAGUGCGGCGAACCAAGUGCGCUCCGCUAUUCCUCCAAUGGUGACGCAAGCGAAGCAAGUAGCCAUGAGUCCUCGCGAUACUGGAGCUGCGAACGCCUGGCGCAGUGCUAACGAUCAUCUUCUGGAUUCUGUCAAAGCUGUCGGAGAUGCCAUAGCCGGUAUCCAGAAUGGUCGACAUUCAGCGUAUCAAGAUAGCCUGAGCAGAGCUUCGCCGUAUCAGCCACCACAGCAAUCAUCACAAGUUUUGCGCUCAGUUCCUCCACAAGCUCCUACUCCACCAGUGAUACAUAACAAGAUGAUCAUUCGAGAGGAAAUUCCAGCGCCACCAAGGCCACCACCACCGGUUGAGAUUAGUCCACCUCCACGGCCACCGCCACCGCCAGAGUAUGAUGACGAAGAGGAGACGAGAGCGUUUUGGGAGAGGUAUCCGCUGCCACAAGCAAGCCAUCAGCCAAUCUUGUCGGCUGCUCAUUCCUUGCAUAAUGAACUCAGACAAUGGUCAAGUCAGGAAAAUGAAAUCGUAGCCGCUGCAAAGCGUAUGGCUAUUUUGAUGGCACGUCUUUCACAACUUGUACGCGGUGAAGGUGGCACAAAGAAGGAUUUGAUCGAGUGCGCUAAGGCCAUUGCCGACUCAAGCGAGGAAGUCACCCGGCUUGCUGUUCAACUUGCUCGUCUCUGCACAGAUCUCAAGAUGCGAAUGGCUCUUCUUCAAAUGGCCGAACGAAUCCCAACGAUCGCCACACAGCUGAAAGUGUGCUCGACGGUGAAGUCAACCAUGUUCGGCACAUCGAGCAGUGAAGAAGAUAUCGAAGCUAUGGAACAACUGGCGCAUAAUGCACAAAACCUCAUGCUUGCCGUCAAGGAUACCGUACGAGCAGCAGAAGCGGCCAGUAUUAAGAUCAAGACAAACUCUGGUCUUCGCCUACGCUGGAUUCGCAAACCAAUGUGGUCAAAUUUCUAAGCGCGCCAUACGUAUUUUCUCUCUCGUCUACGCUCAAUUCCUUCAAGCGCUCACCGUGAGUGUAUCCCUCAUCAUACGUCCUU